UGUGAGAUUGUGAGGGAUCAUAAGAUCCUCAACAACCUGGAAGGUCAGCCUGCUUCCAAUCCUGCAAUGAAAGAAUGAUCCUCAACUGUUUCAAAAUGAAAUAUCAAGAGGCAACAGUUGGGGAGUAAGUAGAUAGUUUAAUGGGUAAUAGCUCACAAUGUAGCACUCAAACCCUCACGCUUCCUCUGCUCAUGCAACGCUACAUGCUUCGAGCAACUCACCAACUCACUAUAGUAUUUGACGUACUAUAGCAAGUAGAAGAGCACCUCGUGAGCCAACUGGUGCACAUCCUAGCACCAGAUACAAUCCUCACAAUCUUUCGAUUAGAGGAACCAACACUCCUUUACGUCGAUAAAGGAAACCAGUUGACAAGAUUUCAAGCUCAGGAUCAGAAGAUCAAGGCCAGUUCCCAGACAGAGAGCAGAGAGCAUCCAGAAGAGCUGAACAGAUACAGGAAGCAGCCAGACAGCUUCAAAGGACAAGAGAGCGGAUUCAGAGAAGAGGGACAGACAACAAGAGCCUCAGCAAGAACCGAUCAUGGACCCAGCAGCCAUUCAAGCAGCCGUACAAGCCGCGGUGGCAGCAGUGCUCCAGGACCAAGCAGUUCUGGAUGCAAUCCGCCCACAGCAACAACCUGCAGUCGCAGUUCCAUUUGCAGUGAAUCCAGCAGGAACUGGAAACAAUGCUUGGGAUUUCAGCUCAUCAACCGGACUCAAGAUGUACAUCGCAUCCACCACUCCCUUCCGUCAUGCGUACGAUGGAAAAGAAUCAACGCUUCGUGACUUCCUCCGUAAGAUCGCACAAAGAGCCGAAUCGUUCGGAUGGACUCCCAUCCUAAUGGUCACGGAUGCUGACGUCACGGCUCGCAACAUCACCAUUCAGCAUGCCUGCCUCACCACGGAUCUCGUCCAAGCACACGCGAUCACAUACUUACGUGUUGAAGGGCGAAACCACCAAGCCUCUGCGUGUCUGCACAAGCUCAUCAUGGGAUCAAUUACCUCCAAGCUUGCCGACAGGUUGACAACCCGCAGCGACAAAUUCACGGUCAACGCAGCCGCGGCAGUGGCACCUGGAGUGGCACCUCCACCUCCCGUGAUGAAGGAGGACGGAGUGUGCAUGCUUCACGAAUUGAUCAAGCUUGUAUCAGUGGAAACAAGGGCGAGCAUUGCCAUCAUCAGCAGGAAGCUGAACAACCUUGCCCAAGUCAUGGAAGAAGUGGAAUCCAACGUCGAGGACUUCAAUUCCACGGUAGAAGGGCUCCUCGACCAACUCCACUCCAAGAGCGUGGAGAUCCCUCCAAUGCUGGAAAACCUGUUCGAGGGAUAUGCCAAUUGCACCGACCUCACAUUCGUGAAGUACAUGGGUCGCAAGCAAGAGGCGUAUGAAGAUGGCACCAUCGAGGAGCUCGGAUACGGAGCCUUGAUGAAGAUGGCUAUCGAGAAGUACAAGAUCUUGGUCGACAAGAAGGUGUGGCUCAGGAAAACUGAAGAGCAACUCGAGAUCAUGACCUUAAAGGCCGAGAUUGGCCAGCUCAAACAGUUCCCGAAGCAACAGAAGGCCAAGUCCAGCACUGACACUGAAAAGAAAUCGGCAAAGCAAUCCAAAGACGCCGACAAAUAUGCCUGGAAGCAGGUAGCUCCCAAGACAGGAGAACCAAAGGAGAAGACUGUGGGAGGAAAGGAGUACAUCUUCUGCCCUCAUCACCACACCACCAAGUGGGUGCUCAAGGUCAAUGACAAGGGUAUCGUCCAUCGCACGGGAUGCACCAAGAUGAAGGAAGCCCGUGCCGAUGCUGCAGGAGCAAGUGAUGCCGGUAGUGAAGCGGCAGCCCUGGCCAACGCCUUUGAACAAGAACAAGAUGAAGAGGCAAUCGAGGAUGAGGAAGUCUGAUGGUGGCGGAGUAGAGUCUCAAUCGCCAUCACAAUACUUUGUAAUCACUAUAGUGACCACUGUGUGUUCGCGU